GCCGGAUCUGAAGUGCUGACGUGUCGGCUCCUGCUGCUCAUGCUCCCAGCGGCGGGGUCCAGAAGCCAGGCUACAGAAACUGCCAGCAUGGCAGCGAAACAUUUCUACCUGCAGGGCUUUUUGUUACUUUUAUUUAACUUCGUGUCGAACACGGCCAUGGAGMGGAGGUUCUCCGACUUUAAAAGAUGCGCCGACACGGAGUGCAGCAUGCUCCUAUGUCGGGGAAAAGCUGUGAACGAUUUCUCAGGACCUGAUUGUAGGUUCCUUUCAUUCAAGAAAUCUGAAACAGUAUAUGUUUACUACAAACUGUCUGGAAGAAGGGCGGACUUAUGGGCAGGAAGUGUCGGGAGCAGUUUUGGCUAUUUCCCAAAGGAGCUUCUCACAGUAAACCACAAUUAUACCAACAGAGAACUUGAAGUUCCUGCAGAGGAAACAGAUUUUGUCUGUUUCGAAACUGGAUUUGACAAGUUCAACACUUACGAUGUAGAUCUGCUUUUAGGCUCAUUGGUGGAGGAGAAGAAUGAUAGUAAUACCCAACAAACCAAUAAUACCCAACAAGCAAAUGUCCAAAUCCAGGAAGCAGAGACAAAAACACAGCCAUCAGGAGAGAAAAUGACUGAGAGUGAAAAGCACACCGAGCAUCCUGAAAAUGCAAGGGAUCUUGAUAAAGUUCCUGUAGAUCCAAGUGCCUCUUUACUUAAACUUGAUUUAAACACUUCCAUUGACCCACCUUCAGUAAAAGAUUUAGAGUCUGAUUCAGACGUUGUGCCUGACUUUACAGAAGGAGGAAAAGUUGAGUCUGCUUUGGAAAACGUGUCUGAAAAAAGCGAAACCAAAGACGACGGGCCUGCCUCAUCUGAAGAGGAACCUUUGCCCGAAGGGGAUGUUUUUAAUGAACGGGCGUCCGUUUCGAUGGUAGAGCAGAUCCCAGAUGUAAAAACGUCACUUGGAGCAACCUUCGAUGCCGUUGUCACCGAUGAAGAGACCACCACAAAAGUCACUCCGCACGUAGAGGACGUGGAAGAGGAGGCGGAGCUUAAAGAUGUCGUCACAGAAAGAAAAGAAGGAAUUCCGCUGCUGCCGUUUUCCGAAGAAACCCCGGAUGCUCCAGCGAUGGAUGGUGUCGUAAAGCAGGAAGGCCCUCCAACAGCUCAGGAUGAUAAACAGAAUGCAAUGGAGGAUAGAAACUUGUGGACAAAGGUGUUUUCGGUCGUAACAGGAAGCGAGGCCACAACGGAAGACGUGAGUUCAGACGAAGAAGACGACGACGAUAAGAUYGAAGACGCCGAAGCAGAAGCCCAACCAAGUGUAGGGAAAAUGGAGAAAGAACYGCUUUUCUCAGAUUCUCAGAAUGCCACAGAGGACAUAAAUGUUCCCGAAGGUGCCUCUCAUUCCAUCACUGUGGAGGAAUAUAUUAAAGAAACCAACAGCGACGAUGAAAAACCCCUGCUUGAUGGUGAACAUGAGCAUGUUGAAGACGUAAUCAGACAAAAGGAAGCUUUGCACGAGACAUUAAAACCAACGGAUGAACAGAUGCACCAUGAAAUAGACAGGAGUGUUAAAUCUGUACCAGAUGAUGAUGUAAACCUACCUCAAGAUGAUAUUGAAACACAUGAAACAUUUGAGGACAUAGAAGAAGAGUCCAAAGAUUCAGAGAUCACCAGGGAUCGUGGUGAUCUAGAGGACAGUCUUGUUGUAACAGAGCAGGUUUUUGACAUGACGUUUGAUGAAAACAAACAUCUGAUUGAUCAAGAAGUGGCAAACGCUACGACCGAAAAAGCCCAAACCCUGUCCACUGAGCAAAAGCAGUCUAAUGAUUCAGAUGUACAAGUUGUUGAGGAUGUAGACGAUGACAGGUUACCUGAUCAGAUUCCGGAAAACGUAGCGGUUGAAGCAGAAAGUAAUAGYAGCCAGACAGGAUCACCUGUAGAGGAAGCUGAGAUUCAGCCCCAAACAGCAGAGGAAGAGGACACAACAGAUGCAGAAACCGAAGAUCAAAACGAACCUAAAGAAGAAGAGUUACUUGAAGAUGAGAAUGCGCUUUUUAUUUCACAGCCGGACGACCUACGCUCUGAGGAACCCUCGCCCGACGCUACCCAGCCCACCGAGUCGGAUCCAGAGCCAGAAUACGGUGACGACAUAAUGAGACUGACUGUGUUAAGAGAACACUUCACAGAAGAGAACAUGGAUCGAGUUCAGAGGCUUCUGGGUCUGAAGAACCUGUACAAAAUCGAAGCCAUGUUUUCUGACCUGGACACGGAGCUGCAGGCCACCCGUGCGUCGCACACAGGGUCCACGCAGGACAUCGAAAAUGCACUCGAGAGCAUCCUGGAGACAUCAGAAAACUCCAUCCUGGACAAGAUUGAGCAAAUGCUUGAGGGACAGGAAGCAAAACGGGAAGACGUUUUUCACRCAGACRCAAGCAGUUUGGAUGAGGAAACUGAAGUACUUGAUGACUUUCAGGAGCUUGCUUUCAGCCUGAGACAAAAGUACUCGACGGUCAGCGACAGCACACCUCUAGCAGAAACGUCUUUGGAUAGUAUGGACGUUGACCUAUCAAAUGUCCAAAUAAACAUCGGCCACGUUGUUGAAGAAAAGGUGGGCGACGCACCCAGAACUGGACACGACGACAGCCUGGCUGUGAGAGAUCAGACAGAAGAACCAGCARAGACUGAGGAGGAACAGAUGGUUCAGGAGGAGGUUGAUGCUGAACCUGAUGUUGGUGUGGAGGUGAAUGUCAGACAGUUCGAUGUAAACAAAGACGAUGAGCCAAGCCUCACUGAAUCAGAAGAGGAGCAAACGCCUCCUGAAGCCACCCUGAGAACUCCCUCAGACACAAGCCUCGGUGCUGAGACUGACCACUCUGUCUCAGAAGACACUGUGGACUCAGAGGAGACUGUGACUGAAAUACACAAGGAUGAAAGUGGAUUUUUCACAAAUGGAGUUUUUUACAUGGGGUGUAUUUUCUCUCUAAUGAAGAACAAAACUGCUGAGUGGAGCACUGUGAUGAUUUCUUUGCUGCCGGAGGAGUGGAAGCCAGGGGAAACAUUGUUUGGCUGUCCUUGGCCAGCUGUUGUCAUCACUGCUGUGGUCGGAGUGCUGACCUUCACCCUCUUCUUCUGGAGGACUGUAUUGGCUGUUAAGAAGAAGGAGUACUUGGUGGAUGAAAAGAAACUCCAAGCUCAAAUCCAGGCUCUCAAAAAAGAGAAGACGGAUGCUCUAACCAAAAUAUCUGAACUCCAGAAGCAGACCGAGAGGCUGAAAGAAAACCAAAAACAAUCGAAAGAAACUGUCAGUUGUAGGAUGAAAACCAUACAAGACUUGCAGAGCAAAGUGUCGGAAGCAGAAAAAGUCAAUGGACACAUUUUUGAAGAAAAGAAUAAAUAUGCAAAACUGCUUGAAGAAGAGCGUGCCAUGACUUUGGAAAACAAAAACAAGAUUGAAAUAUUAGAGAAGUCGAAUGAGAAGUUGCAGCUCAGCAGGAAAAAGAUUCAAGAAACAUUGGCUAAGACCACCGUUCUCCUGGACGAGGCCAAGWUUCGCGAAGAUGCACGAAACGCUCAGCAAAAAUGUCUCCAGAAAGAAUUCACUGCUAUAAAAGAAGAAAACAAAACUCUGAAAGCGGCCAUUAAGGACUGGGAGGGAAAACACAAGGAGCUGAACGAGAGGAUUAAAGUUUAUCAAAAGUCCCAAAAAGAGCUGGAGGACUCCGUGGUUCUCAAAGACCACAAUCUGGAGGUGCUGUCUGAUCUCCUGGCUGAUCUGGACGCCUGCGAUCUGCAGAAAGGUGAAACCAAAGUUUUAGCAAACGGUGAAAUAGCCACUGAUAAGAAGACUGUCAUAAGAAGCAGAAUCAGGCAGAUGAUGGACGUGUCCAGGAUCCAGACCACUCUUGCUGUUGUUGAAGAGGAGCGGGAUCGCUUCAUGACCAAGUUACUUAAUGAAGAGAAGUCCAGGAAAGAAUUAGAAGAGAAACAUCAGGAACUGGAACAUGCAAUCGGUUCCCUAAAAAGUGAGAAGAGCCAGGUGGAAAACCAGUUCAAGCUCCUCCAGCAGAAAAAUGAAAUUAUGGUUGAAAUGUAUCAGCAGAAGGAAAACGCACUGCAGCAGAGGUUAACGAAGGAGGAGCUGGAGCGACGCAGCAAAGAAAGCCUGCUGUCUGAAGUUGGAGGUAAAGCUCUCGAAGCGGAGGAGCAGGUGAAAAUCUUAAGGCAGCGCAUCAGUGAGAUGGAGGAGCAGAUGAAGAAGACCGAAGACGUCUAUAAAGAGCAGAUAAAAGAGCAGGAAAACAAAACUCACUCCAACUGGGUAAAUGCUCGUAACGCAGAGCGGGCGCUCAGUCAAGAGAAGCUUGAGUCGUCAAAACUGCGUGAAAAGUUAGCUGUUCUCUCCUCACAGCUUAACGAGCGCCGCGCUCCUCUCUUCAGGCCGAACUCCGGUCAGCCUGCAGGUCCCCGCCAAGGUGAUUCAUACGGGCCCUCUCCUGUGAGUGGGGGUGCUCCAUCCCCUCCUAUAAUGAUCGAGGGUCCCAGGCGCCCUCCUUCAGCCCCAGUCGGGCGAAGAAGUGACCCGUAUGGUCCUCGUCCUCCGUCGGAUCCACACAGUUGUUACCCUGAAAACAAACACAUCCCUGGAAUGGACAUGAUGGGCCCUCGUAGCUCAUCUCCAGCCAACCUGGACGGAACCACUCAAGCAGUAGAGCCACAGGUAAAAGCAGAAACUCAGGCUGUGGUUUCUACAGAGAGYCCAGAGCCAGGACCUGGCUCCUUCCUAGUGUCGCCAAUCAGAGACUCCUCCAUGCUUCAAGGACCUCCGCCGGACCCGCUACUGCCCCCCGGCGUGCGUCUGCCACUACCCGGACCUUACAGAUUGCCGAGACCGGGCCCUUACCAGCUCCCACCCGGUCCUCUUCCUCCAAACGUACCUCCUCCGUACCACGGUCCACCUCUGCCAGUCAACGGACACCCAGGUCUGCCCSSACCUGGACCCAUGGGGGGAGAGUUUGGACCUCGACCCGCCAAUGGACUUGUAUUCCACCCCAGACCGGGCCCUGGACCAAUAAUUGAUCCUCGGGGUCCUCCACUGCCACACUUCCGUCCCCCUCCACCUCAUUUUGGACCAGUGCCACCACCUGGUGUCCGUGGGCCUGCGGGACCUCGACCACCCGUCCCGCCUGAURUGCGCUUCCCAGGGCCACGAGACCACACGGGCCCCCCGGUGGACCCGCCCCAUCCUGGCGACGCGUACAGCCAGGCCGCGCCCAACGCCGUCCAGAACUCAGCGGGCCCCCAGAGCGGCCCCGGUCAGGACCUGCACACGAGGCAGGAGCCCACUCAGGACUCUGCGAGGCCAGCGUUGGUCAAGCCUUAAAAACCCCACCAGCUGCAGCGAAGGAAUCAAACCCACCUGCACCUCUGAACGAACAGGAUGAACCAGAGCAAGUCCAAAAUUAGGUCAUGAUUUUCAUCUUUUUAUUUUUAUUAAACACAAACCAGGUCUUUAAAGAAUCAGUCCGUUCAGUCUGUUGCCAGUUUUCUUAACAGCUUAUUGUGCAAGAACACUUCAGUUGUGCUAAAUCUAAAAAAAAUAUAUAUAAAGCAAAAGAUUUUUUUAAUGACGUAUUCUGUGGAAAUGAUUUAACAGCAAAAGAAAAAAGGGUUUUAAGUUCUAUCAUUUCAAGAGUUGCUUCAACACAAACUGUAAUGUGUCAUUUGAAGGGCAGAUGUAUAAUUUAUUUUACUACGUAAACAGAAACUUUUAAUAAUAAAGAAUGUAAACAUGUCA